UUGGAGCAAUGCAAUCUGAUCAUUGGUGAGCUGCGUGCUUCACUUGCGGAAACGCAAACCCAUUUACGCGGUGUCGAAGCAGAAUUGUCCGAAACACUGGCCAGUCGACAAGAAGCAGAAGCACGUCUUUCCGCCAUCCACAGCAUACUUCGGCGUUUGCUUGGUUUCCGACAGUCACAAUAUGCCAGUCGUUUGGGUUUGCGUACAGAUGCCGACGCGAGUGGCACGGAAGGACCAGAGGACACCGAGGAUGAGAAAUCCCGUAAAUCUGGUGGAGCGCCACGAGAAACGGAUCCGAUGAAUGGAGCCGAAAUGCGUGCACGUCACAGUGAAGAAUUCGAAAAUGAGUGGGAAUUGCGCAGAAUUGCCGAACGGAUUUUGCAAGAACGUGCUCGUCACCCUUCUAGUGGUGGUACGGUAGCACCGAAACCCAGGCAACGAAUGCGUCGCCAGCCGGAUCAAGACCAAGAAGUGUAUUUGUCUCCAAGUCUUCAGCUACGAUCUUCUCAAGCGGCCAAACGAUCCAAGUCAAUGUCUCCUUCUCGAGAUAAGAAGGAUCCACUACCGGAACGAUCGAAUUCCAAUGAGCGUCAACCGGAUGCCAGAUUCUCAUUCCACGAGGGUCGAUAUCACGAUUCGAUCAAUUUGGGCGAUCUGGACGCCAUCGAUUUUCCUGCGCGUUGGUUACAAACAAUGCGUCAACAUUUGAACGGGGCCCGAUAUCGUGGUCUGCCCGGAUCCGAUCUAGAUCCCGAGGCUGUGCGAAUGCUUUUGCGAGACUUCCUGCGCCAUUUGGUUCAAAUCGAACGCGAACGGGACUCGAACGAGAUGAAUCUGCGAGCGCGGGAGGAACAGUUGGCCGAUCUGCACCGACAGUUAAGUGACUAUGAACAAAAAGUCCACCAUUUGCAACAGACAUUGGGCGGAAUCGAGCGAGGUAAAUCAGAAGUUAUGGAACAGGUCAGUUCAAUGAAAUCGGUCAUUUCCGAACAGGAAUCGUUGAUGCUCAAACGUGAUCGUGAUCUGGAUGACAUGCGCGAUAAGAUGGUUCUACUGGAACGUCAAUUGGCUGUUUGCGAGGCGGAAAAGCAACAAUUACAAAUACGCAUGGAUAAGGCAAAGACAUCUGAGUCACGACUGGAAGAAGAUCGCAGACAGCUUCUUCGUGGGUUAGAUGAUGCAGAAACUCGGUACACACAAGCAGAAGUGGCACGGAGACGUUUGGAAGGUGAACUUCAUCGCAUGCAAACGGCAAUGAAUGAUCUCGAAUCUGAGAAACAGGCACUACAAUGUCGUCUGGAAAAUCUAGCCCGACAGAACUCCGAACUGGAGGCCCGUGUGCAUGCCCUUCAAGCAGAUGUGGAUCGGUUGACACAGGCGUUGAAUCAAGCCAACCAAAUGGUCAACGAGCUGCGCGAUCACGUGGAUCGUGACCAAAAGGAUCAGAUGAGUCUGAAACAGGAAUUGAACGAACAACGCGAGAUGAUUGCCCAAUUGCAGAAACGUGAAUCCGCGAAUGAUCAAGAAAGACGACUGCUGGAGGAAAGACUGGAGUCCAAUCGGACCAGUCUGAAUCAGACCAAAUCCCGACUGCACGAGACACUGGAACGUUUACAAGAAUUACAGUUGGAAACCUCAGACGGGGUGUUACAGCGGUCCGAAUUGGAAACCCAGCUACGUCAGUUGGCCAAUAUGUCUGCCGAGAAUCAACAGACUCAAAGUGAACUACAAACCAGACUGGCAACACUUCAAAAUGAACACACUACAGUUGUGGAAAAGAACGCGGAACUUCUGCGCAGUUUGAAUGAUCUGGGUUUGGAAAAACAUGAAUUGGAAUGCGAACUGACCCGUACUAGGAAGGAACAGGCGCAAUGGAAAAAGACAGCUGAACGUGUGGACCGCGAGCGUCUACGAGAACAAGACGCGUGCACCAAGUUACGAACUGAGAGCACCGAAUUGGGCAAAACUAUCCGUCGCCUCGAAGAGGAAAAUCUGGACUUGCGAAGAGACCUCCAAAAGCUGCAGUUAAACUAUGAAAAUGAUCUUUAUGAACGAAAUGCAAACGUCCCUUGGUACUAUUACGUACAGGCACAUGUAGCCCAACAGGAAGAUACUCAGGCGGCCCGUUUGAUUGAAGUGAACACCAAACAACGACUAGAAAAUGAAGCAGAGAUGGAACGUCAACGAUUGGCUCUCGCUCAAGCUGAAAAGGUAAUACAGCAAAAAGAGCGGAGCCAUCGACAGCGUGUCCGUGGUCUUGAAGAACAGGUCGCAUUGCUCAAGGAUCAGUUGUCUCAAGAAAUGAAUCGGCGUCAGUUAUUCCUGUCUCGUUCGCAGAACUUGGCCAGUUACACAUCACCGAGUCAACCAAAUCUGCUCAAUGUGGGCACAGCAACUACCGAACCGGAACUAGGCGAUAUCCGAAGUCCGUUAGACAUCAGUCUUCCACAGGAGACUUAUCUUCCCGGAUUGUACAAGCCCACAAUCGCUCCGUCCAGAUACGACCCCUAUUACUAUCAAGUGACUGGUUCAAUCCCCUCACAACUGGAUCGCUCUUAUGGAAGUGGAUCCGGACGGUACUCACGCGAUCGGGACAGUGGUAUUGUGAAUCGUAUAGGACAGGGUAUCCCAUCCCCAGCCGGGCUUCGUGCGAGCACAUCGCAGACAAUGCGCGGAGGUGAGAGUGUUGAGGCACGGCAUCGAUCGAUGGGAACACCUGGGUCGAAUACAGGCACAGACACGACCACAACAGGACAAUCAUCGGGAUCCAAGGUCAAAGAUUCCCCUUCUGUGCAUAUUCCGAGUCGCUAUAUGACCACAACUUCGUUAAACCGAAGCACGAGCGAGUCAACUAUUCGACGGAAAGAGUCAUAA